AUGUCGGAGAAACCGCCAGCCAUGGCAGCGCAGAACACCAAAUUUCUCAUUCGUGCCCUAGGCGGCCCCCUUGAAGCAGCCACUGCUCCCCUCCCACGCCUUACAUCACCCACUCAAGUUCUCAUCAACAUACGAGCCGUAGGACUCAAUCCAGCGGAUCAUAAAAUGAUCACUGCAGGCCAUCGCGUGGCUUCGUAUCCCAUGACCCCUGGGCUGGAUGGGUCUGGCGUCGUACAGCAGGUCGGGGACGAAGUUGAGAAUGUACAAGUCGGUGACGAAGUCAUGGGCUGCUUCGUGACAGGUGACGUGGGUGCGAGCUUUCAGGCGUACGCUUUUGUCGACAGCUGGAGAGUCGGGAGGAAGCCAGUCGCUCUAUCCUUCGAGGAGGCUGCGUCUCUGGGGGUGUCGUAUAUGACUGCCGUCAUGGGACUUAGCAUUGGACUCACCGCACCAGUGCCAUUCCUACACCAUGGACCAACGGGAAUAUUGAGAUCGGGGAGUGUACUAGUUCUGGGCGGAAGCUCAGCGUUAGGAGCUGCGUCCAUUCAGCUACUCAAGCUAUCGCUACCAGAGUGCCGCAUCCUCACAACUGUCUCUCCGAGGCACAAGCCACUGGUGGAGGGCCUCGGUGUUGACGCUGUCAUUAACCGGUCGUCCACGACUAUCGCGCAAGACGUCAAAUCCGCCACAGAAGGGAGAGGCGUCGAUGCCAUUCUUGACGCUGUAGGCGCGGGCGCAUCGCAACGUGACAUCUUUGACGCGUUCAACCUCAAUGGUCCUAGAAGGUACGCACAGGUGUGGACGGGCGAUGAGGAGAUUGGCGUGCCUGAUGGUGUCAACUCCAUCACGUUCAGGAGUCGCGACGUGGGGACCCUGCAGGGCGGACACAGCAUCAUGUCUGCCCUUGAAAGGCUUCUGGAAGAGGGUAGAUACAAGCUACCACUACCUGUGCGCGUAGUCGGGAAAGGACUCGAGGGCAUAGAGGCUGGCAUCGAACUCAUCGGGAAAGGGGUUAGUGGUGAGAAACUGGUGGUGACAUUAUAG